AAAAGAAUGGUCGACAUUUUUCUUGUGUUAUUAGGAAAGAAAUGGUCCACAUCGACCAAACACACAUGCUGACAUGCCGUCGUUGUGCCCUAAUCAAAGCAGCAGGCUGAUUAAUCACUUGUGAUCUGACAUUCGUAUGUCUAGCAUUUUUGUUUGUCAGCUGAUUAAGCACCAACUGAUGAUGAUGAGGUUUCGGCUUGCAGUUUGUAAGCUCGCGUCUUCUAUCUUUCUGCCCAAGCUCAUCGUCAUCAUUGUUCUAAGCUCAUGUGGCAUGCAAGAUGGAACAUGGCUGCCGCGUCACCAGGAAGAAGAAUGAUGCAGCUUCCAAAAGGGAUCUGCUCAGCUGCCAUGUGUCCCUUCCUACCAAAAGUCCACACAAAGUCACAAACGUACUCAUCUGCAGCCACAAAACCAAAUUUGAUUUGAUCACGGGCCGACCGACCAAUGCUACAAGACAUGCGAGCUCCACCGCGGCCAUGCAUGGCGCCACAGCAUUACUGUACCUCAGCUGAGCUCCACCGCCGUAUUCGAUUACAGUAGCUGAGCUGAGCUCCGGACAUCAACGCCAUGGCUUUCUUGCAGAGGAUGUACAAGAGCAGGCGCAAUGCCGCCGCCGUGACCGCGAGCGCCUCCUUCCUGCUGCUCCUGCUCGUCGUCAUAUGCCUUUCCCUGCGCACGCAGCACGGCGGGACCUUCUUCUUCGGCUCGGGCGCCGGAGGGCGGGAGCCGGGGAGCUGCGAGGCGGAGCUGCAGGCGCUGGAGGGCCGCGCCGCGCGGUGCCGGUACCUCCGCUCGUCGUCCCACCCGCCGUGCGCGCCGACCGGGUACGUCGACUACCUCGCGCUCUUCUACUGCGCGUGCGGGGAGGACGAGGAGGGGCUCUGGUGGUGGUCGCCGUGGCUGGGCGGCGCGGCGAUCGCGCUCUGGCUGCUCCUUCUCUUCUACCUCCUCGGCGACACCGCCUCCGAGUACUUCUGCGCCUCGCUGGAGGGCCUCUCUGCCGCGCUCCGCCUGCCGCCCGCCGUGGCCGGGGUCACGCUGCUCUCGCUCGGCAACGGCGCGCCCGACGUGCUCUCCAGCGUCGUGGCGUUCGCGUCCGACGGCGGGGAGGCGGGGGACGUGGGGCUCAGCGGCGCGCUCGGCGGCGCGCUGUUCGUGUCCACCGUCGUCGCCGGCGUGGUCGCCAUCGUCGCCGCUCGCCGCGGUGGCGCCGUCAUUGAGCGGAGCGGGUUCGUGCGCGACGUGUGCUUUCUUCUCGUCGCGCUCUGCUACCUCCUCGCCGUGCUGGUCGCCGGCACGGUCACGGUGUGGGCGGCCGCGUGCUUCCUCUCCCUCUACGCCGCCUACGUCCUCCUCGUCUCGACGUCGCACUGCUGCUCCGCCGCCGCCGACGACGACAGCACAAAGACAAUGAAGCCUUCCGAUGACCUCGCCGCCCCGCUCCUCCUCCCGGUCACCGUAUCCUCCAAGCAGCCACCAAGGACCUUCGCCAGCGGCCUCUUGGCCGCAGUCCACGCGCCGCUCUACCUCCCGCGCCGCCUCACCAUCCCGGACAUCGACGGGCACCGCUGGUCCAGGCCGUAUGCCAUCACGUCAGCGCUCCUCGGCCCUCUCCUCCUCGCCGUAGUCACCUCCCCGACCAGCCCGACCGCGCUCCUCGCCGGCACCCUCACCGGCACGCUCCUCGCCAUCGCCGCGGCCGCGACCACGGACGCCGCGGCACCACCACACGGCCGGUACGCCCGCCUCGUGUGGCUCAGCGGCGGGUUCCUCAUGUCCAUCCUCUGGUCCUACCUCCUGGCCCGGGAGCUCGUGGCCCUCCUCGUGUCCACCGGCAUCAUCGUCGGCGUCCCCGCGAGCGUGCUGGGGGUCACCGUGCUCGCGUGGGGCAACUCCCUCGGCGACAUGGUCGCGGACGUGGCGAUGGCGACGCAGGACGGCGCGGCGGGCGCCCAGACGGCCGUGGCGGGGUGCUACGCCGGGCCGGCGUUCAACACGGUGGUGGGGCUGGGGCUGUCGAUGGCACUGGCGGCGGGGGCGCGGUACCCGGAGCCGUACAGGAUCCCGGUGGAUGCGGCGACGUACGUGACGGUGGCGUUCCUGGUGGGCGGGCUGGCGUGGGCGUUGGUGGUGCUGCCGGCGAGGGGGAUGAGGCUGGACGUCACGCUCGGUGCCGGGCUGCUCGCCGUGUACCUCUGCUUCAUCGCCGUCCGGGUCGCCGACGCCGUCGGCGUCCUCAGCCUAGAUUCUCUCCUACCGAGACAGUGAUUGAGGACUGUCGGAUUUGAUUUGAUGGUGCAGCGGCAAGAUCGAACAAGAUCCUGAGGCUAAAAGAGUAGUAGUACGUAGGUUGGUGCGGAAGUGAUGGAGCUGGCUUGGCUUGGCUGCUUCUCACACACGCUCGUGACACUUCAGUUGUGAGAGGGCAAUGCAUGCAUGUGGAUAUGUAAAGCCACAAAACAAAGUCAUUCUUUGUUAUCUGUUGUAAAUUAAGUAUGAUAUAGGAAAAAGGGGAUGAAGUACUUGUCUAUAA